AUGCAGAAACCAGUAACAGACAGUCUGUCUUCGACUCGUGUUGAAUACGAUUACAAGACGAACGUGAAAUUGAGCGUGCAAUUGAGCCGUUGGAUCUUGAAGCCGAUCGGUGUUUGGCCAAAUUCAGCCAACAUUUCCACGGUAGAGAGAUACCUCUACUGGCUGAUAAACGUCGUUUGUUACAGCCUGAUCACGUUCCUCUUGGUACCUUGCAGCCUUUACGUGAUCCUCGAAGUAGAAGAUGUCUACAAUAGAAUCAAAUUGUUGGGUCCGUUGAGUUUCUGCGUGAUGGCAUUUCUAAAGUAUCAUCUGUUGAUACUUUACGAGAACGACAUCCGUGAGUGCAUCGAGCGCAUCGAAUGGGAUUGGAAGAAUAUCACUUACUCCAAGGAUAAGGAUAUAAUGAUAGAGAACGCGAUUUUUGGCAGGCGAUUGAUCAUGAUCUGCACAUUUUUCAUGUACAGUGGUUUCGUUUUUUAUUACAUAGCCAUACCGUUUAGCGUGGGUAAAAUUCCUGCGCAGGAUGUGAAUGUAACUUUUAUUCCAAUGGUGUUUCCUUUCUCGAGAUUUAUCGUCGAUACUCGGUACAGUCCUGUAAACGAGAUUCUGUUCUCGCUUCAAAUUAUGGCGGGUGCUUUGAUGCACAGUAUUACAUCGGCAGCUUGCAGUUUGGUUGCUAUGUUUGCUGUGCACGCUUGCGGUCAGAUGCAAGUGUUGAUGAGCUGGCUGAAACAUUUGAUCAACGGCCGGGCGGAUAUGUGUAACAACGUGGAUAGGAGAAUAGCGAAGAUUGUGAAUCAACACGUUCGAAUAUUGCAAUUUUUAACGCACACAGAGAAAGCACUGCAACAAGUAUCGUUCGUGGAAUUUCUAGGCUGCAUGUUGAACAUAUGUCUUCUCGGGUAUUACGUUAUUGUGGAGUGGAGUUCGAGUCAUUUAACUAGCGCGGUGACUUACUUCAUACUACUCAUGUCUCUUACUUUCAAUAUUUUUAUAUUUUGUUACAUAGGAGAGCUGGUAGCUGAACAGUGUGAAAAAAUUGGACAAGUGUCGUACAUGAUCGACUGGUAUCGGUUGACUGGAAAUAAGAAACUAUGCUGCAUUCUGAUAAUCGCGAUGUCCAAUUCUUCGAUAAAAUUGACAGCGGGAAACAUGGUCGAACUGUGUCUAACCACUUUCGGUGACGUAAUUUCCUACUUAGCUACAUUUAGUAUCAGCCAGACUGUCGAGCGUGAAACCAUGAAAAAACAGCGAUCGGCGAACCUCGCGUCUCUCGCGACAGAGAACGACUAUCAGGAAUACUUGAACCUGAGCAUACAGUUGAAUCGUUGGCUGUUGAAACCACUCGGUAUCUGGCCGUCGUCGCGCAAAAGCUCUCGAAUAGGAAGAUGUUUCUCCUGGUUGAUGGGUUUCCUCUGUUACGCGCUGAUGAGCUUCGAGUUGGUCUCGAGCGGCUUGUACGUGGUUCUAGAGGUGAAAGGCGCUUACAACACGCUGAAAAUGAUCGGUCCGAUGUCCUUCUUCGCGAUGUCCCUCCUCAAGUACUCCAUGUUGACGUUCCACGAGGACGACAUUCUCGAGUGCGUCGAACGGAUCAAAUGGGACUGGAAGAAUAUCAGAUACCUGGAGGACAGAAACGUGAUGGUGACGUACGCGUAUUACGGAAGAAAAUUGAUCACUAUUUGCACGUUUUUCGUCUUCAGUAGUUUCGUAUUUUUCUACAUCGUCGUACCUAUCAACGCCGGAAGUGUUGCAACGGAGGACGGAAACCACAGUUACAUUCAGAUGCCGUUUCCGUUUCCAAAAAUCAUCGCUGACGUUCGUUACAGCCCUUUCAACGAGAUCUUCUUUUCGGUACAAUUUGUAACAGGUAUCGUGUUGCACGGUGUCACGUCAGCUGCUUGCAGUAUGGCAGCCCUGCUUGCGGUUCAUGCUUGCGGUCAGAUGGAGGUGUUGGUGUCCUGGCUGGGACAUUUGAUCGACGGCAGAGCGGAUAUGAGCAAAACACUGGAUGAUAGAAUCGCUAGCAUCGUCACUCACCACGUUCGAAUAUUGAACUUUCUGGCCCUCAUAGAGAAAACCAUGCAGCAAAUAGCUUUCGUAGAAUUUUUAGGGUGUACAAUAAUUCUGUGCCUCAUCGAGUAUUACAUCAUAACGGAAUGGAAUCCGAAAGAGUUAACAUUUGCUGUAACUUACUCAGCGUUACUUUUAUCCUUUACCUUCAAUAUUUUCAUAUUUUGUUAUAUAGGAGAAAUUGUUGCCGAACACUGCAGAAAAGUCGGCGAAAAGUCGUACAUGAUCGAAUGGUACCGAUUAACCGGAAACAAGAAGCUCUGUUGCAUUUUGAUCAUCGCCAUGUCCAAUUGCUCGACGAAAUUUACAGCAGGAAACAUGGUUGAAUUAUCCGUAAACACUUUCAGCGACGUCGUUAAAACGUCCAUGGGUUUCUUAAACAUGCUACGAACACUGACGUGA